GAGCUCCCAGCGCUGCCCAGCGCCGCCAGCGGAGGAACAGUCCCAGUUAUUUAUGCCGCUGCUACGUCCGCCGCUUAUAGUUGAGUCCGACCCCCCCAGUGACUCCCGCGGCCGUCCCCUCUCCUCCGCGCGCGCGCACACGCACACACACCACACACAUACACACACGCACGCACGCACAUACACACUCUACCCCCCCACCCCCCCAUUCCAGGCGGCAGCUGCAAAGACUUUGUGCGCGGUUGCGUGGGCUGGGGCUUUCGGCAGCGCCUCUACUCUUCGGGGGUCACCUCCUCUGGACGCCCCGAUCCGCGUCUCGCUCUUCUUGAUUAAAGAAGAGAAAUUCACUGACCAUUCAUCCUGAUCCAUAAGAGAGGUUGGAGAAAAGCCUGGAGAAAAGAAUAUUCUAAGGGGAAAAAAGAACAAGGUACCUAUACCUCUGAAGAAGGAACUGAAGAACAGUUCUCCUUGCAUCUACUAAUGCUCAUUGUAAUGUGAUGCUGGCCCUGAACUUACUUAAUACUCCCAUUCAAGGUUGAAGUAGGAAGUUUUGUGCAGACCUGGAAGAAGCAGGUAUUAAGUCAUGAUGCAGGAAUCUGCGACAGAGACAAUAAGCAACAGUUCAAUGAAUCAAAAUGGAAUGAGCACUCUAAGCAGCCAAUUAGAUGCUGGCAGCAGAGAUGGAAGAUCAAGUGGUGACACCAGCACAGAAGUAAGCACAGUAGAACUGCUGCAUCUGCAACAACAGCAGGCACUACAGGCAGCAAGACAACUUCUCUUACAGCAGCAAACAAGUGGAUUGAAAUCUCCUAAGGGCAGUGAUAAACAGAGACCACUGCAGGUGCCUGUGUCAGUGGCCAUGAUGACUCCCCAGGUGAUCACCCCUCAGCAAAUGCAACAGAUUCUCCAGCAGCAAGUACUGUCUCCCCAGCAGCUCCAAGCACUUCUUCAGCAGCAGCAAGCAGUCAUGUUACAGCAGCAACAACUACAAGAGUUUUACAAGAAACAGCAAGAACAGUUACAUCUUCAGCUUUUGCAGCAGCAGCAGCAGCAACAGCAACAGCAGCAGCAGCAACAGCAGCAACAGCAGCAGCAGCAGCAGCAGCAACAGCAGCAACAGCAGCAGCAACAACAGCAGCAGCAUCCCGGGAAGCAAGCAAAAGAGCAGCAGCAACAGCAGCAGUUGGCAGCGCAGCAGCUUGUCUUCCAGCAGCAGCUCCUCCAGAUGCAACAGAUUCAGCAGCAGCAGCAUCUGCUGAAUCUCCAGCGUCAGGGACUCAUUUCCAUCCCACCUGGCCAGUCUGCUCUUCCUGUCCAGUCUCUGCCACAAGCUGGCUUAAGUCCUGCUGAGAUUCAGCAGUUAUGGAAAGAAGUGACUGGAGUUCACAGUAUGGAAGACAAUGGCAUUAAACAUGGAGGGCUAGACCUCACUACUAACAAUUCCUCCUCUACUACCUCCUCCACCACUUCCAAAGCAUCACCACCAAUAACUCAUCAUUCUAUAGUGAAUGGACAGUCUUCAGUUCUAAAUGCAAGGAGAGACAGCUCAUCACAUGAGGAGACUGGGGCCUCUCAUACGCUCUAUGGCCAUGGAGUUUGCAAAUGGCCUGGCUGUGAAAGCAUUUGUGAAGAUUUUGGACAGUUUUUAAAGCACCUUAACAAUGAACAUGCUUUGGAUGACAGAAGUACUGCUCAGUGUCGGGUGCAAAUGCAAGUUGUGCAACAGUUAGAAAUACAGCUUUCUAAAGAACGUGAACGUCUCCAAGCAAUGAUGACCCACUUGCACAUGCGACCCUCAGAGCCCAAACCAUCUCCAAAACCUCUAAAUCUGGUGUCUAGUGUCACCAUGUCGAAGAACAUGUUGGAGACAUCCCCACAGAGCUUACCUCAAACCCCUACCACACCAACGGCCCCAGUCACCCCGAUUACCCAGGGACCCUCAGUAAUCACCCCAGCCAGUGUGCCCAAUGUGGGAGCCAUACGAAGGCGACAUUCAGACAAAUACAACAUUCCCAUGUCAUCAGAAAUUGCCCCCAACUAUGAGUUUUAUAAAAAUGCAGAUGUCAGACCUCCAUUUACUUAUGCAACUCUCAUAAGGCAGGCUAUCAUGGAAUCAUCUGACAGGCAGUUAACACUUAAUGAAAUUUACAGCUGGUUUACACGGACUUUUGCUUACUUCAGGCGUAAUGCAGCAACUUGGAAGAAUGCAGUACGUCAUAAUCUUAGCCUACACAAGUGUUUUGUUCGAGUAGAAAACGUGAAAGGAGCAGUAUGGACAGUGGAUGAAGUAGAGUACCAGAAGAGAAGGUCACAAAAAAUAACAGGAAGUCCAACAUUAGUGAAAAACAUACCUACCAGUUUAGGCUAUGGAGCAGCUCUUAAUGCAAGUUUGCAGGCUGCCCUGGCAGAGAGUAGUUUACCUUUGCUUAGUAACCCAGGACUGAUAAAUAACGCAUCCAGUGGUUUACUGCAGGCAGUCCACGAAGACCUCAAUGGUUCGUUGGAUCACAUUGACAGUAAUGGAAACAGCAGUCCGGGCUGCUCUCCCCAGCCUCACAUACACUCAAUCCACGUCAAGGAAGAGCCAGUGAUUGCAGAGGAUGAAGACUGCCCAAUGUCCUUAGUGACAACAGCAAAUCACAGUCCGGAAUUAGAAGAUGAUAGAGAGAUUGAAGAAGAGCCUUUAUCUGAAGAUCUGGAAUGAAUAAAGACUUGAGAAACCUCAGAAUGAAGGGACAUGUCACUGACCUUCAUAACCACUCCACAACCAUGAAUAUUUGACAAAUUUUUACUGUGACUAUUUAUUAAGCAUGGAUAAAGGAGACAGCCCUAAAGGAACUUAUUAAGCCAGCCCUUUGGGAUCCAGUAACAACAGGCAAAUUGCUUGUUUUCUUCUUCUUCUUCUUCUUCUUCUUCUUCUUCUUCUUUUUUUUUUUUUAGAAAAAAAAGACAAAAACUGAUUUUCUUGAAAAAAAAAUGAACUGUUCUUUCUAUAUGGCUUUGCCCAUUUAAAAAAUGUGGCUAUUAAGGGUUCAUGAAAUGACUGAAUAUGAGGAUACAUGUUCUGUAGAAAGCAAAUGCGCCUCAUAUACUGCCAAAAAUAGUGUUAGUUUCAUUAAUGUGAAUUUUCCAGCAUACAGUAGUUGUAAUGUUAGAAACAAUUGCUGGUCAAGUUCAACUUGUUGCUAUUGUUUUUAAUUUGCACAGGAGUAGUAUCAGAAAUUAGUGUCACUGCUUGUAUCUAGCUGAAUUUUAAACAACAGAACAUUAGUUUUUUAUGUUGGUGCCACCAACUGUAAAUGACAUGAGUUAGUUAUUACAAACCACAGUAAUUAGACUGUUGCAACCAUCUAAAAACCUUAGGCUUCCAGUCUGUGCGGUUAGUGUUCAGAUGUAAAGUGCAAUCCUAAGCUAACAUUGUCCGUGCAAGCACCAUAGAAACAUUUGCAUAUCUGCAUAUUAUCUUACAACUGUACUCUCUUACCUCCUUGUGAUAAAGCUUUGUCUACCUGCAAACACAGUCAAAGGCUACAGCUGCAAACCAAAGCCAACUCUAACAAUGGCCAAUAGCUCCACGACAGAAGCAGCCACAUGCUUUGGUCAGCCUUCUGUAACUUUAAUUAGUACAAAGGAACCUUUCCAUGAACUACCUGCUGUUUUCUGAUGACCUCUGGGAUCUUUUCAUUUAGCCCUAUACAAAGAAACAAAUAUGACACAACAAAACAAAACAAGUCAAUCCAGUCACAGUCUAAUCUUCUGAGGCCAAAAGUCCAUUUAAAUGCAAUGAAGAUUUGCUUUCAUUUAAGACAGAGGUGAGAACAAAGUCUGCAGUGGAAGUUAUGAUAGAAAGCAACAAAAUGUGGAUCACUGACCAAAAUGAUUAUGUACUUGAUGCAAAUGCAGAUUGCAUAUUGUUAUAUAUAAUACAUUGUGUUUCUUCCCUCCUGCCUUCCCCUCCCAACCUUCCCCUGCCCCCAUUCAGUCAGUUAUUUUCUGUGGUGAAUACAUGUUGUUAGAAGAUGUCUUGUAUGGUCUUAAUCUUUGUUGUGUACUAUUUUUUAUAGUCUUAAGUUAUAAUGAAAAAAAAAAAGUAGGAACCAAACAUAAAAGGUCUAGUAAAGCCAAAAAUUAAUUUCAUAUUGAUUUUAAAGUGAUCUAGCUGAGUUUUUACACUGAAAGCAAAGAUUAUAGCAAUUGUAGUCCAUGGUAUUUAUUUUCAGUCAAACCAAAGUUACAUAUAAUUCUGCCUCUGCUUAUACGGGAUAUUAACACUAACAAUACACUCCCUUCAGAAGACUUGCACAGGCCAAAUUGUUGGAAUGCUGGUUUUCUUGACAACUCCAAACCCCCCCCCCCAAAAAAAUAUGAUAAUGCGUUAUGGUGUAGUUGAAAAUAGCAUAGUCAGAUGUUUGCUUAAAACCUAGAAACUUUACGUGUUGCUUUUCAUGUGCUGUGCCAAGUCUUGAUAAUACUUUUUCCCCCAACCAAGGGACCUCAUAACCUGAUUAUGGUUAUUGCUUUACAAACAGUUUUUGACAGAAGGUGGCUGCUAGAGCUUAACAUAUGUACCAGUUCCAUGUGAUGGGGCUGGUUCUUGCAAACUAAGCUCAUCAUUUAUUCUUUGCUGGAGUCAGCAAAUAGACUUAAAGAGAUACACAGUCAUCUAUCACGCCAAAUAAAAGGACAUAACGGCUUUCAAAAGGGUUUUCCCACUUACCCAAAAGGCUUUCUGAAAGCUUCUACCUCUGCAAAAAAAAAAAAGAAAAAAAAGGAAAAAAAAAAGAAAAAGAAAAAAAAGAAAUUAGAACAAUUAUGGCAGAUUGCAUGAAAUGUGAGAACGUCACAGUAACUGCUACUUUUCAUUAUGUUUGUCUUUGGGUCAUGAUCAACAAAAGGGUUACAGUUUCAAAAGAGAAAUUGGGAUUGUAAAAAGAUGGUGUUCAGGCAUCUAGAAGUCUAAUGUAAGGAUUAUCUGAAAAAGAAAAUGGGUCUCUCCAGUACAUGUUCACAAGAUAAUGAUGGACUGGAUGGAGGUAAACGUGGUAACUGUCCCAUCAAGAAGGUGGCCUAAGACUACAAUGCUAAAGUAUGCAUACCUCAGUUACAAAACUUUUUGAAAGGAAGUCUCAGCCACAGAAUGCAUAUACCUGUAGAGUUUUGCAUGGGUUUUAUAUAAAUACAAUUUAAAAGAAAAUAGCUGCUUGCACAUUAUACCAGAAAAACCUCCAAAACUGCAAUUGCUUUGAAAAUAGAUUUUAGGUUUUUUGGAGUUUUCUGAGAUGCUUGGUCUGUAUUUUGAUAAUUGUGCAUAUUAUGUAAAAAUGUUGGUGGACCCAUAAAUGACCAGACUUUUUCUAAGAAAAAUGUUGCUUUAAUGCAUUUCAUGAAUUUUUACUCUUAUAUCAUUGCUUGCUAGUAAUAGCAAAUCUGCUUUUCUGCAUCUGCUUUGCGUAGCUAUUGUAAGGCUUUGAACUAAUGUAUGUAUUUAUUGCUUGAACUUCUGUGCAUACCUUAUAAAGCAUAAUGUCUGACAAUUUAAAUGGCUCAUGUAUUCUUGCUUCUAUCAUAAGCUGAUGAUGGGGACUAUGAUCUUUUGUAUACAGCAAAUUUUAACUGUAGCACAAACAUCUGUUUAUGUAUUGGUGAAAUAUACCUGUUUUAUUUAUCUUUUUGAGGUAAACUAAUUUUUGAUACUUUUCAUUACUGUGUACUAUGUUCAUACCUUGAAUUCUCUGACGUUAGAAGUCAUGGUUGAGAAUUGUAACAGCUGUUAUAUCCGUUCUGUAUUCAUGGCUUUCACUGCUGAAUAAAAUAAAGGACCAAACCUAGGAUUUGAAAGAAAACUGUCUACCUCUAACACCAGGGAGUUAUCAGAUUUUAUUUUACAUAGUUUUAGUCUACAAAGACACAAUUGCUUAAACCUAGUGGGCUUAAGGCUUAUAUUCUGUGUGGUUGGAUUCAUGGCGCAGUUGUACUGUUUGAAAAUCAAUUAAAAUUUCAUGUGAAUGUUACAAGUAUUUGGUAGAAUUACCACUAACUGGGUUUUCUGUAGAAAACUCAGAUAUGGAGACACUAUCAUCAGCAUUCUAUGUCUACAGCUGCUUAACUUCCUAAGAAUGCAUUUCUCUUUGUGAUUAGGGACUCAAGAACAGUCAGAAUAGAGCUACAGAACUACACUUUAAAAUAAACCAUCCUGGACUUUCAUGUCCCUUGGCAGAUUCAGUCACAAAAUCCAACAGUCUGUUUUCUCAAGUUCCUCCAGUCGGGCAUUCACAUUUUGGAGAAUUUACUUUAGGCUUUAGACCAUAUACACCAAUAUUAACAUGCAUUUGGACAUUCUAGGUUUAUAAAUACCAUAAAGCUGUUAGGAGCAACAGGGUUUACCCUUGUUAUUUCACUAGUUCAAGUCAGUGUGAAAGGUCUUUGUCCAUACAAUUUGGCAAAUCUUACUGAGCAAAAAGGAUGUACAUUUUACUAUAGAAUUAAUGUAUGAACAGUGUGUUACUGCUGUUGGUUGUAAAAAAUGUAUAUGAAACAUUUCAUUCAUUUGCUUACAUUUCUGAAGUAUAAAUAAAAAGUCUAAUUCUUUUUGACCCAUUUAUAACCCCUAGGAUUUUAUUCUUUCGGAGAAGAACAUUCUUUCACACCAAAAGCCAAAAUCAUAAAUUGGUGUAUAAAUGUCAUAUGAUUUCCUAAAUAUCUUUUCCUUGGGAUUUGGGGAUUCAUAAAAUACACUCAAUUCUCACCUGCACUGCUUUUCGAAUAUAUUUCAUUAGGAGCUGCCCCAGAGCCCCAAAUUGGCCCUCCCUAUGUAAUGUCCCUGUGUUUUCAUUCUAAGUAAAAUUUGACAUUAUAAAUACUGAAUCAUAAAAGUGCAAGUAAAGUGUAUUUUCCUUCCUUACUCUUUUUAACUCGACUUUUUUUUUCAUUUUUCACUUAUUCUGCCCUCAAAUAUCACAGUAUUCCAUGGUACCUGGCAAAAACAAAUGUUCAUGCCUUAGUUAGGAAACUUCGAAGUUCAAAGGUACCUAAUAUCAAUGGAAGGCAAUCAUAUAUGCUUUUAGAGGAUCAAUGAGUCCCAGAAGAUCUAUGCUAGCAACAAAAAAUGGCAUAUGACAUGUAUUGUGCCAAAAUGAACAAACAAAAGAAAACAGUAUGGGGAGAUUAGGGUGGUAAAGUGUGGCUCUUUCAUUAGCUUCUUUCUAUAUUCCUAAAUUUGUUGUAAAGGAAAAUAGAAAGAAAACUGGCAGGCCGAGUAUAUUUUUGCAAAAUUUAACAGUUUCAGUCAUCAUAUUGAAAAAAAAAUCUAAAGAACUU